AAUAUAAUAUAGGCUUAGGCUUUCCGUGACAGGAUGUAGAAUUAGCCUAUAUCAUUGGUUUAUGUAAUUUCAAAGAAUUGCUUUGCUCUCGACUGGUGAACAGAUUGUCUCACUUUCCAGCGUUGCGGGUGUCUUUUUCUGCGACUGACGUUCGCGAGGGUUUCCCCUGCUGCUUACGGGAGGCAUGCGCAGCAUGAAGUUUCACAGCCGCGAACAGCCCAGCAUCCACGCUCGACUUCAUUUCGCCCCGCCCCCAUCUACAACUGAUUUAAAUUGAGUUGUCACGCUGCAUUAUGAUCUUUCGAGACUGAUUGAUUUCAAAACUCAAAGGGGUUUCGAGUUUCAGCGGUAAGUCAAGGACAUUUGCUCUGCUCCCGCUCAAAUAUAUAGGCUACCUGCAGCAAAAAAACACGUUUACAUGCAAAGAUGAACCCUGAGUCGGACUACGGGAUGUCUACGGUGAGCUGUGGGAACGGAAAGCUCCGCUCGUGGCUAAUCGAGCAGGUGGAUACCGGGAAGUACCCGGGCCUGGUCUGGGAGAACGAAGACAAGAGCAUCUUCAGGAUACCAUGGAAGCACGCGGGCAAGCAGGACUACAACCGGGACGAGGAUGCCGCUCUCUUCAAGGCUUGGGCGCUGUUUAAAGGCAAGUUUCGGGAGGGCAUCGACAAACUGGACCCGCCAACGUGGAAGACGCGCCUGCGGUGCGCGCUCAACAAAAGUAACGACUUCGAGGAGCUCGUGCAGCGAAGUCAGCUGGACAUCUCAGACCCUUACAAAGUCUACCGGAUCAUCCCGGAGUGCGCCAAGAAGCAUUUCUUGCUAUCAGGAUCCAAACAGGAGGAUGGUGGCAGCCCCCUGAGUCCUCUGAGUUACCCCAUGCUACCCUCAUACCCCGCCCUGCAGCCACAGAUGUCUGGGUACAUGCCCAGUACAGAGCGAGGCUGGAUGAAGGACUAUCUUCCAGAGCAGGCCUCUCUUCCUGAGCUGCCCUAUGCCCAGUGCCCCUACCCCUCACGCAGCCUAUCCUGGGCCCAGGGGCCCAGCAUGGACAACGGGUACCAGAUCACAGGCUCUUUCUACACCUACAGCGCUACUGACGCCCAGCCCUCCCCCUUCACACUGGACACCAGCAUGAGAUCAGCAGAGGCACUCUCAGAUAUGCGGUUACAUGUGUCAGUGUUUUACCGGGACUCUCUGUGGAGGGAGGUGACCACCUCCAGUCCAGAGGGCUGUCGCAUCGCUCCCUGCUCCCCAGACGAAAAGCUUUAUUCCCCCACUGUGGGUCCAGACCUAGUACCCCUACCCCUGGACAGCCUCCCAGCCCUGGGGAGGGGGGAGGAGUGUCCUCCCAGCCCCCCUGGUUGUACCCUGGAGAGGGGCGUGCUACUGUGGAUGGCCCCAGAUGGCCUCUACGCCCGGCGGCUGUGCCAGGAGAGAGUGUUCUGGGAGGGAGGGUUAUCAUCCUACGUAGACAAACCCAACAAGCUGGAGAGAGAACACACCUGUAAACUACUGCACACACAGGACUACCUCACAGAGUUGCAGGGCUAUGCCCUCCACUGUCGGCCACCUCCACGUCUCCAGGUGCUGCUGAGCUUCGGAGACGAGUGUCUGGAUCCCCAGAGACAGAGGACCCUCACUGUACAGGUGGAACCCAUGUUUGCCAGGCAGCUCCUGUACUACACCCAGCACCAGCAGACCAGCGGACACUACUACCGCAGCUACGACCUCCCUCUCCCUGGAGUCACGGAACACAUGACCUCUUCCGUAACUGAGGACUACCAGAGGGUCAUCACACAUAGCAACACCCUGCAGGACUGACUAAUCUGACCAUCUCUGAUCACAGUCAGACUGCGGUGCAGGACAUGGGGAGAGGAGAAGAGAGGGAGAGACAGGAAAGCCUGGGGAGCCGAGGAGAGAGUCGUCACACUGUACUCUGGAUCACACAUUUCCAUCAAAGCUGAAGCAGAACUAUGUCAAUCCAAGCCAAACUGAACUUAACCAGGCCAUGGAGGAACAUACACUGGGACCACUGAAGAGACUAACAGAUAGUUGUAUGCUGUAUAGAUGUGUGUUGUAAGGGAGUCAACACCCCAAAUUCUUAUGGAUCAAACUGUAUUUCAACUACUCUCAGGGAGCCAUCCUUUGGCCUGAAAGACUCAAACUUGACCUGCCGUUUUGCAAGGUCCACUUUGUGACAACAGAACUGACAGCUGUAGUGAUUGUAUCGACAUGCUCUAGAGUCGUGUGUGUGUGUUUUUGUAUCUGCAUUUUAUUGUAUGAGCGUGUGUAGUUAACCAUACUGAUGUUGACAUGCUUUCUUCUGUAAAUACAUUUGACCUGUUACUUCUAGUGUAUCGCAUUUUCUCAAUCAUAAAUACUGCAGUUCAGAGAUGACCAAAGACUACCACUGAGAUUCGACCACACUGAAACACGUACUAGCAUGCCGAACCUUUGGAUUGGCUCACUGUGUCAUACAUUGGGAAUGUUUUGUAAUUGAAUAAUUAAAAUGGUUUCAGGCAAAAACGUUGCAUGUUUUGAGACAUACAUCAAAUGAAUAGAAAGAGGGCUCAUGUUAGAUAAGGGAUUUGUGAGAAGUGACAUCCUUUGUGUGUGUGUGUGUACAGGAAGCCUGGUUCAGAUGCAGGAUGAUGCUGGUUAAUCAAACACACUCGCAGGAGAACGCGGUCAUAAACAAUGGGUGAUGACAUCACCAGGGGAGGAGGAAGAGGUCGGCCACUCUUUCCGUCCCAGAGAGGCAUAGAACUGAAGAGGGUUUAGAACUGUUUCCUGGGGUGCCUUUGACAUGCCAAACAACAUUUUAACUUCCAUGGAAGAAUAGUGAAAACCCCAGAAUGAGUGACACAUCUGUGUGGUUACUUAUCCACGGUCUGAUAAGGUAAACAAGGCUGAUGACGCCACUUGAUACCACAUUGGCAGCCAUUUCUCCUCCAUAAGGAGUUACAAUGUAAUCACACAGAAAUAUGUGCACACAUGCAGCCAACUUAAAUAAAUGAGAAAACAUACAAUGGCAAAUUAACAGAUUUUUGAUAAUAACCAACACAGAUAACCAACUGGUUUGCCUGACACUUUCCACUCCACCAUCUACCGACAAAAAUUCCGCUACCUACUGCCAGUGUCAAUAACACCUAUUUCAGAGAAUGAGAUCAAUGUAAAUAUGUUUUGAUUGAUAGGCCUGGACCUGUGGUGUCCCGAAUGGAACAGAAGUGCGGCGUAAAACUCCCCUCCUCACCUCUCUGUUGCUGUAAACAGUCUACCGGUGGAAGAAGGAUGAGACCCGAGGGCUUUGAACCUACUGCUGUUGUGAAUGAAUCCGUGGGUGGACACUACAGAGACAGAGCUAAGUUUAGAACAGACAAUCAAAAACACCCCGUCUCAAUGA